AUGGCUAGUAUCCAAACUCUUCCAGAAGAUCUGCUGUUGUUGAUAUUAGGAAAAGUCGCGUCCAUUUCCAUUGAAGACGCCGGCAGCAUGAAAAAGAGUUGCAAGUAUUUUCAGUUAAUUGCAGAGCAUGACUUUGUAUACAAAUGUUCAUCGUUGGAGAAGUUUGCACUUCCAUCAAUCGAAUGGAUUAGCGAAGAAAAACCAUUCUGGCAUGUUUUAGAUAAUGAUUGCGAUGAUUAUGAUCAAAAUGGAUGCGUUAAGAGACGGUGGGACUAUGAAUUGAUGGGAGAUGUGCAAUUUUGCAGGCUGAAGGAGUAUAACAAGGAGCGCCAGAUUAUCUUCUUGAAAAGGUGUAGGGAUAGUGCCAACUCAAUCAUUUUGUACCGGGAAGGGAUGAUACAAUAUUUCAGAAAAAGUUCAAAUUCAUUUUUGGAAAAUAUCGUUAUUGAAAAACUUAAAUCUUCUGCGAACAACGGUCACAACGAGGCCAAGUAUGUGUAUUGA